CUCAGCGUCGGCGCGCAGGAGGCCGGCAGCGGCCGGGGCUGCGCGCUGGAGCCGCCGCGGCAGCGGGAAGAUGGGAGCGCCGCACCCGUCCUUCGCCGCUCAGCAUCGUCCCCUGGCCGCGGCACAGGCUUCCAAAGCAGCUGAGGACAGAACCUUAAGGAAUGCCAUGCAGUAAGUGCUAAACAAACUGGCACAGAAAGGAUCAAAAAAGAUGGCAGUCUGUAUUUGAAAUAAUUAAACAUACGGACUCUCACUGAUAAGAAAUCAUGUCCAAAAAAGGACGUAGCAAAGGCGAAAAGCCUGAGGCACUGAUUGUAGCCCUACAGGCUGCCAAUGAGGAACUCAGGACCAAGCUAACGGACAUCCAAAUUGAGCUGCAUCAGGAGAAAUCUAAGAUCGCUAAACUUGAAAGAGAGAAGACUCAAGAAACAAAGCGUAUCCGUGAAGUGGAGCAGCGCAAGCAAACUGUGCAAAUCACAGAGCUAAAAGCCAAACUCCAUGAGGAGAAAAUGAAGGAGCUGCAGGCUGUGAGGGAGAACCUCAUCAAACAGCAUGAGCAGGAGAUGACACGAAUGGUGAAAGUCCGAGACAGUGAAAUCCAGCGUCUCAAGUCAGCAUUGUGUGCCCUGCGGGAUGGCAGCAGCGAUAAAGUAAGGACAGCCCUGACUAUUGAGGCUCGUGAAGAGGCCAGAAAACAGUUUGACUCUGAGCGCCUUAAGCUUCUGCAGGAAAUUACUGAACUUAAGUCUGCCAAAAAGCAGGUAGAUGAGGCCUUGAACAAUAUGAUCCAAGCUGACAAGAUCAAAGCAGGUGAUCUUCGAAGUGAGCACCAGUCCCACCAGGAAGCCAUUUCUAAGAUCAAGUGGGAGAGCGAGAGGGAUAUUCGCCGCCUGAUGGACGAGAUCAAGGCUAAAGAUAGGAUCAUAUUUUCCUUGGAGAAAGAACUGGAGACACAAACAGGCUAUGUGCAGAAGCUGCAGCUGCAGAAAGAAGCUCUGGAUGAACAGCUUUUCCUGGUGAAAGAGGCAGAGUGUAACAUGAGCAGUCCCAAGAGGGAGAUCCCAGGAAGGGCCGGAGAUGGCUCAGAGCACUGCAGCAGCCCUGACUUGCGCAGGAACCAGAAGAGGAUAGCUGAGUUGAAUGCAACAAUCCGGAAACUGGAAGACAGGAACACGUUGUUGGUUGAUGAACGAAAUGAACUGCUGAAGCGUGUCCGAGAAGCUGAAAAACAAUGUAAACCUCUCCUGGAGAAGAACAAGUGCCUCACAAAGAGAAAUGAUGAACUGAUGCAGUCUUUGCAGCGCAUAGAAGAUAAACUCAAAGCAGUCACUAAAGAAAACAUAGAAAUGAGAGAAAAAAUGACGUCGCAUCCUCCACUAAAGAAACUAAAAUCUCUCAAUGACCUGGAUCAGGCUAAUGAAGAACAAGAAACAGAAUUUUUAAAGCUUCAGGUCAUAGAACAACAGAACAUAAUUGAUGAGUUAACAAGGGACAGGGAAAAACUCAUUCGUCGCAGAAGGAGUAAAAGGAGUUCAAAGCCAAUUAAGAGACACGUGAUAGACACAGUUUUGGGGUAUGAUGAUGAUUCCAUGGACUCUGAAACAUCCUCAGUGGCCUCAUACAGAACAGACAGAACACCAGCAACUCCGGAUGAUGAUCUGGAUGAGAGUUUAGCUGCAGAAGAAUCAGAGCUGCGGUUUCGACAGCUGACAAAGGAAUAUCAGGCCCUGCAGAGAGCUUAUGCACUACUGCAAGAGCAAACAGGAGGCGUCAUAGAUGCUGAAAGAGAAGCCAAGGCUCAGGAGCAGCUCCAAGCAGAAGUCCAGAGAUACAAAGCCAAAAUAGAAGAUUUGGAGAAAACUUUAGCACAAAAAGGACAGGACUCCCAUUGGGUGGAAGACAAACAGCUUUUCAUUAAGAGGAACCAAGAGCUUUUAGACAAGAUAGAAAAACUGGAAGUAGAAAACAACCGUCUGCAACAGGAGCUACAGGAUGCCCGGGACCAGAAUGAGCUGCUGGAGUUCCGCAACCUGGAGCUGGAGGAAAGAGAGAGACGGUCCCCACCAUUUAAUCUUCAAAUUCACCCAUUCUCAGACGGUGUGAGUGCUCUACAGAUAUACUGCAUGAAGGAAGGGGUGAAGGAUGUCAGCAUCCCAGACCUCAUAAAACAAUUAGACAUCCUAGGUGAUAAUGGGAAUUUAAGAAAUGAGGAGCAAGUGGCAAUAAUUCAGGCUUCCACUGUGUUGUCUUUGGCAGAAAAGUGGAUUCAGCAGAUUGAGGGAGCUGAGGCUGCUCUGCACCAGAAGAUGAUGGAACUGGAGAGCGAUAUGGAGCAAUUUUGCAAAAUAAAAGGUUAUUUGGAGGAAGAACUAGACUACAGGAAGCAAGCUCUUGACCAGGCAUACAUGAGGAUCCAGGAGCUUGAGGCCACCUUGUACAAUGCUUUGCAGCAAGAAACGGUGAUAAAGUUUGGAGAACUGCUCACUGAAAAACAGCAGGAAGAGCUCAGGACAGCAGUAGAAAAGCUAAGACGCCAGAUGCUGAGGAAAAGCAGAGAAUAUGAUUGCCAGAUUCUUCAGGAGAGGAUGGAGCUGCUCCAGCAGGCUCAUCAGAGGAUCCGAGAUUUAGAAGACAAAACUGACAUCCAAAAGAGACAAAUUAAGGAUCUGGAGGAAAAGUUUCUAUUUCUAUUCUUGUUCUUCUCUCUUGCCUUUAUUCUUUGGCCUUGAUGUCAAUGUGCCUCUUGAAAAGAUGAAGCAUCUGAGGCACAAAGCAGUGAAGUAACUUGCACAGCAACUCAGUAGGGCAGAAGCUAUUCCUCGGCCGUAGCAGGAAUGAAGUUCAUCUAGUGCAGAGGAUGCCUGCCCCUCAAAUGUUUUGGAGCUGGAAUAGAUUUUACUCAUUAAUGUCCAACACUGGGUUCUGUUUGUCAGAGACUGAGAAGAUCCUCAUUUCAUGCAUGUCUGGAAGUUCUGUUGAGCCCUCCAUUAAAGGUUAGCAGCUACCAGCAACUUUCUGCUCCUUACAAUUAAUUUAAAUUGCGAAAUGAAUGGAGCUGCGUGAAGCAGUCCGUUUUAGUCAAGGGGUUUACUGAAUUCUGCACUAGCUAGAUGUUGUUUGGCUCCAUUUUACUUUUUUUUUUUUUUUUUUUUGUAACAGGCUUGUAGGCAGGUAUGUUAUGUGAAUGCUGGUAUGUUUGCAUGCUCUGUGUUGCAGAAGAAUCUAUGGAUAAGGUUGGCCCAAACCUAUCACCUGUGCUUUCCAAGGGUGCUGCUGCCAAUUCAUCAUGAAACUUUGGAGUCAGGCCCUUUGAGAGCCUCCUCCCACACUUGUGACACAUUGGGAUCACUUCACAAUUUCUUGUUAAGUGCAAAAAGUUGUUUUUUCCUGUCUGGUUGUUCCUUCUUUCUCUUUCCACCAUUCUUUCUCCCUUGCUGGAGCACAAGUUUGUUUCGUACUUGGCUGCAGUAGUAUGUGGGAAGUAAAUGCAGCCUGGAAACUUUUCCUUAGACGUUAUAAUGCCAGGCUCGUCUUUAAGAAGCAUGAGUACAGCGUGUGUUUUCCAUGGUGGUGCAGUAACUUCCAUCUCUGCUUUAGUUUUAAAAAAAAUAAGAACUGGAAAUGUUUGUUACAGACAAUCACAGGGCAGAAGCAUAGCAGAUAACACUGUCUGGUUUUAGAACAUACCUUGCUGAUUUUGUGACAGGCUUCAUUAUUUAGGCCCUAUGAUCUGUGCUGCGCACAUCUUGUGCUCAUUUCUCUUGCCUGAUUUCCCCUCCCUUACUCUUUCUUGUUAUAUGCAUGUAGGUGCUGUAUUUCCAAGGGCUGAGGGAGGGGUGGGAGGUGGCAGAGCAUCCACAGGGUACUGUGGUGUGACACGUAAAAGGUUGCAAACUUCAGAAAGAUUGCUAGAGUCCCUCCAGAGAACUGAACAACAGCUGCUUUAUUCUCCUUGCAGCAUUACAUGAGCCAUGCCUAAAACACACUUGCUGGUAAAAUACAAGUUUCCUCCUCUCUGCCUGACAAAAAUGAGUUUGAUACAAAAUGUUUGGCUAUAUAUACAUAUGUAUCUAUAUUAUAUAGAUACAUACAUAUAAGUAUAUAUGCACAUCUAUCUGUCUGGUCACUAUUGUAUAUAGGAAAUCAUUGCUAUAGGUUAUGAAAAUGUAUUUCCAACCUAGGUAUGGGGAAUUCAAUCUAGACUUGUUUAGGUACAGCAACUGCUGUGCUCAUGGUUUAGUUUUACAUCUUAUGUGCUACUUCUUUGUGGUUCUGUUUUUCCUUACUUUGCUUUCUCUUUUUUUUUUCUUUUUCUCUCCACCAUUCUUUAUCCUGAAGCUGUCAUCCAAGGCUUUCUGUUUUUCCUGAUAUUCUCUGAGACAAGGUAUUGAGAGUCCUCUCAAACCAGUCUCUGCAGCCCCUCCCUCAAAUCAGCCAGCAAACCCACAGCAAUUUAUUCAGUCCUUGAGGAUGGUAAACAUAGCCCUGAUUACUCCUGUUUGUACUAGAGCAGGACCACAGCACUCCACUACUUCCACACCACCACAGCAGAAGAUGAGGCACACACAUGAUGGAAGUCAGCUGAACAAAAAUCAAACUUGCCACUUUUUCUCCCCUUCCUCCACCAAAUCAGGAGAGUUCAAAGACAUUUCAAUUCAAGCACUUCAGACAAAGAUGUAAUUGGUGAGAUGAAUUUAGGCAAUUUGGUUUGAGAAAGAAAUAGGGCUUCUUGCCAUAUUACCAGCCUGGCUCACAGCUCUGUUCUCACUGGUGUGCCUGCAGACCCAUGUAAAUUUUAUUUUUUGGUUUUUCUUUUUUUUUUUUUUUUUUUUUUUUUUCACACAUUCUUCAUUUUCCAACUCCCUGCUGUCAUCUCAGUGGGGAAUACCCUCUGAAACUCCAAAGCUUUCAGUUUCCUGGCAUUCCAUGAGAACUGGAUAGGCCAGGCUUCUUCUCAUUAGGGCGAGGUUCAAUGAACAGCCAUACAGUGGCUGGUGACUGAAAGUUUUUUUUUUUUUGUUUCUGUUUGUUUUUCCCUGCCCUUUUUCACAUCAGCACCUGUUUUUAGAUAUAAUUUUGUUCCUUUUUUUUUUUUUUUGGUGUUUACUCCAGAAUGGAAGUGUUAAUGAUUUGGCAGAAAGACCCUUUGAUAAACCACUGGACACGUAUCUGUAUUAUAUGUAUUAAUGUGUAGAAGAGAAUCCUUACUGUAUGUAAAGUUUUAUGAAUGGUUAUUUUUUAAUUUAUGUAUUUAAUAUAGGAUUCAAUGACCUCUGGUGUUUUAGUUUGUAUAAAGAAAAAAUAAAACAGCAGCAUUUUUA